AUGGCUGCUUCAAUAUCCUCAGGUGCUGACCAGAAUGCCCCCUUUACGCAGCCUGUUUGUCAAAACUGCCAAACGUCAACGACACCCUUAUGGCGCCGCGAUGAAGCCGGAUCUGUCCUCUGCAAUGCCUGCGGCUUGUUCCUCAAGUUGCAUGGCCGCCCGCGACCCAUCAGCCUCAAGACCGAUGUGAUAAAGAGUCGCAAUCGAGUCAAGACCUCGAGUCAAGGUCCGAAGAAGAAGUUUGACCAGAAUGGGAACCAGCCACCCCAGACCGACAGCCCGAACGGCAUCAAUCCUCACCGACGGGUGUCACAGAUGGCAGCUUCCGUUGCCUCUGAUAGAUCGCAUUCUCCCAUAUCACGAACCGGAACCCCUGCGGGUCAUCACGACCCAAAUAUCGCUCCUCAACACGUCUUCGAUGGGAUAUCAGCCACGGGGGACUCGCACUAUAACCAUCACAACAACGGAUCACCGACCGACCAAUCUCUCAAUCCACACGCCACGCAACCCUCUCCUAGCGCAGCCUCCAUGCACAACAGUCAAAAUGCCGAAUCGUCCAUGAGUUACGAACAACUAGCUGCCCUCAACACACGCCUGCGCACGCGAGUCUCCGAGUUGGAGGUCAUCAACAUGGUCUAUCACGAUAACGAACAGAAUCUGUGCCGGGAACGGGACAGGGCUAUCCAAGAGCGCGAAGAAUGGAAACACAAGGCUGAAGAGCUGCAGCGAAGGCUCCAAGAGAUUAACGACCAAGGACACAUUGCAAAGAAGCCACGACUCUCACAAGAACCUAAAGAAUGA